AGUAACAUAUGUUAUGUUGUAUAGAUAAGUUGCAGGUUUCAAGAGUAGGUUAGCUUUAUAUAGAUGUUUCAAGCUAAUUACACAUAACUACUUGUUCAAUCUUUGAAAUCUAUUGGUUAGAUAUAUACAUUUAUUCUUAUCAAAAAGCAUCUGCAAUAGCAAAUUAAUAUACAUGCUUGAUUCUUUCUUGAAGUUGCUUAUAGCAUGUUGAUUAUAGUAAAUAAUGCUCUUUAGACAACAUUUGCUAGUUCGAAUAAUUAAGCAAUCAGCUUGUUAAGUCUAAACCCAAAAUGUUUAGACAUCAAUUAAUGGUAGAUUCAUCAUACUUUUAUAAGUCAAUCUAAGUCUUAAUCUACUUUCGAUGUGAGAGAAAAUUGAGGUGUUAUAAUCUUCCCGACUUAAUGACUUGACGUCCUCGUCAAGAUCCAAUAUAUCCCAGAAUUGGACUUUGGCAUGGUGCACAUGAGACCUAACUUAGUGGUGGCUUUGAAUCGUGACUUGUUCUCUAUCUCAUCCACAAGUAGCACUUACGUACUCGAGUCCCUCACUAUGCUUAGUACUGGUCAACCUUGAUAUGAUUUGUCACGAUGCAGCAUGAUGUAGUGAUUAACCCAUUAACUCAUUGAGUCAAGCCCAAAAUGUUUAAGUCCAAGCUGAUGGCUAUCAGGAUCUUAUAAGUCAAUCUAAGUCGUAGAGGUAAAGCUCUAUCAUUAAAAUUACUUUGAGUUUUGAAGCAAAUUAGAGAAUAAAUGAUUAUUUAGAUUAUCUUAGAAGAUAGAAUAUGCAUGAAAAUAUAAAAAUGAAAACGUGUAAGAAGAGAAGCAAAUAAAUUUUUGGGUUUUUAGAUAGGUUCACUUUUUCUUGGCUCUAAGUUGUGGACAUUUGUCUGUCCACUGAAGAUUUUUACUAAUGAAGAAUCAGGCUGAAGGAAACUGAAGUGUAAGUGAUAAAGACAACUUCCGUUUUAAUGAGCUUAGCAGCACCAAAAAGCCCUCUUAAGUUUGUGCAGGUAGAAGCCAUUUGUGUCAACAGUGCUCCCGGUGGAACUAGUCAAUCUGGAGAAGGCUUCACAGCCUUGAGUUGAUGCAUUCUUUAAGAUUAAUAGAUCUGCCCCUGUGCAUGGUUUACCUGGUCAUGAUGCACACUAGAUGGGCUGGGCCCUUGAAUGGAUCUGACGUCCCUCAAGUUCUAUGACAUCUAGCAGCAAAAUCUAAGGGCAUGGUUCAGAGUUUAUUGUUGUGCCUGGAUGACCUAUGCAGUGUGCAUCACAAUGAUUCAAGAGAAAAGGCAGCAAGCAGAGGACUUGGCCUUACCGCAGACAUCAUUGACCACUGUAAAUUGGUCCUUAAAUUUCCUGAAGGCACAAAUAGUACAUGGUAUAAUGCACAGUUUAAAAUUUUUGAGCCACUGGAGUAUAAAUAUGAUGUCUGUGAAGCCAUUCUUCUAUGGGAACAGUAUCGUAACAUGACUACGGUCUUGACAAGGGAAUACCUAGAUGUACGACCGGAUGGAUGGUUAGAUUAUGCUGCAAAAAGAAUUGCACAGUUGGGUGCAGAUAAAUGUUAUAAUCGCUCUAUUUGUGAGGAGCAUCUAAACUUAAUAUUACCUGCAAAGCCUCCCUUCCAUCCCCAGCAGUUUCGGACAUGUGCAGUGGUUGGGAAUUCUGGGGAUCUCUUAAAAACAGAAUUUGGACUGGAGAUUGAUGGGCAUGAUGCAGUCUUUCGAGAUAAUGAGGCUCCUGUUAAUGAGAAAUAUGCCAAACAUGUUGGACUGAAAAGGGACUUUCGCCUAGUUGUAAGAGGCGCUGCUCGUAACAUGGUUGCUAUUCUCGAUGGAUCUUCUGAUGAGGUGCUUAUAAUCAAGAGCGUAACACACAGAGAUUUCAAUGCAAAGAUAAAGGAACUUCCAAAUCCUGUUUAUCUUUUCCAAGGUAUCGUCUUAAGAAGGGGUGCUAAGGGAACCGGAAUGAAGUCCAUAGAAUUGGCUCUCUCCAUGUGUGACAUUGUUGAUAUAUAUGGUUUUACGGUGGAUCCCGGCUAUACAGAAUGGACACGGUACUUCUCGACUCCAAGGAAGGGGCACAAUCCAUUGCAAGGAAGGGCUUAUUAUCAACUGCUGGAGUGCCUCGGUGUCAUCAGGAUCCAUUCUCCUAUGAGAGCUCCGAGGAAGCAGGAUUGGUCAGAUGUGCCAGGCAAAGAAAUCAUAACAAGUGCUCACACGGCUGCGUUGCGUUUGAAAAGAGAAAAAACUGGCCAAGAAGGUGAUAUGGGACCCUUUGGUAAUUGCAAGGUAUGGGGUACGGUAGACCGAGAUGGACCAGUGUCAGGAUCUCCCGACAUGGCUGACGCUCGCAGCAAGUCAAAUUACAGUAAGUGGGAGCUCCUGCCACAUGAGAGCUUAAGAAAGGAAGCACAAAAUCAUUAUGCCCAGAUGGGUCGCGUUUCUCUUUACAAAAUGGACGGGAACAAACUGGAUGAUCUCGUCUGUGUGAGGCACAGCUUUUAAUCUGAAGUUUAGUGAUAAAUAGGGGUUCUGAUUCAACUAUCGGUCCCAUGAAGAGACAGACAGGGGAGCAAGUGGAAUGAAGCUGCAUUAGUGCUCGAGGAGGUUAGGUUAGAGAGCAGGCCUUGGUGCUCCGCAGGACGAAACUACUAUUACAAAGCAAGAGUGGCUUCUGCUUUAUUGGAUGGAUUGAAUUGGGAGACUGCAGAACUUCUCCCUCGAGAAUAUUUACUCAAAGACAUUUCCAGGCAAUAUCGAUGCUUUCAUUCAUUGGUACCGGUCGUUUCAACUUUUCAUUGGACGAUCACCUUGUUCUUCCUAUAGCAUCUUCUGGUGGUACCAAUCAUACAACGUUUUCUACAAAAGCAUUAAAUAGUAUAGCAAUUGUUUCUGUCAUUUCGGUAUUUCGAAUUUUUUUUUUCUGUUUUUUGGCCUUACUGUAGUUAGUUAUCUUUAAUAUUCUGAUUUUUAUAUUUUAAAAAGUUACAUUA